AUGAGGCUUACAUUUUGGAGUUUAGUAAAGGGUGUUGUGUUUUUAUGGUUAUUAUGGAUUCCAAGAUUUGAGGGUCAAUUUACUAAUCCACAAACAAUGCCUGCGCGGGCGCUCGAUGCGACCCUGCAAGAUUACGCUUAUCGUGCUUUUGUGCAUCCAAGAACCGGGAUCCCGUAUGAUGGGGUGCCCCCUGCUAAUUUGAAUGGGAUUGAGAUAUCUGCAAUGAGGUUAAGGAGUGGUAGUUUGUAUCAUAGAGGCGUUGAGACGUUUAGAGAGUUUAGGAUUCCGGUUGGUUUGAGGGAACAGCCGUAUGUGGAAAGGCUUAUUUUGGUUUAUCAGAAUUUGGGGAAUUGGUCAAGUACGUAUUAUUCGUUGCCUGGUUAUGCUCAUUUGACUCCUGUGCUGGGUCUUCUUGCAUAUAAUGGGUCAGAUUUAACAGCUGUUGAUUUGCCUGAGCUUGACUUGUGGGCUUCUGAAAAAGCCAUGACGAUAAAAUUUGAGGAAGUUAGUCCAGUGCCUGCUGGUUUGGUCGCGAAAUGUGCUUGGUUUGAUUUACAUGGGCAGGUUAAUUUUACGGAUGUAGUGAAUGAGAAUGUGUGUUUAACGACUGAACAGGGGCAUUUCACGAUUGUGGUUGAAUCAGCUGCAGCUCCUGAGCAAGAACCGCCUGCAACAGUUGAAGGUCAUCCUGAAGCACCUAGUAAGAAGGAUAAGGAUUCCUGGGUGUGGGGUAUUGUUGGUUCGGUAUGUGGUGGGGUUGCAUUGCUGGUGUUAUUGGCUUUGAUGAUAGUGUUGGUGUGGAAAUACAAGAAGAGAAAGAAAAUGCGUGAACUUGAACGGGCUGCAGAUGCUGGUGAAGCAUUGCGUAUGACCAGAGUUGGGAGCAUACUAAGAGCACCAUAUGCUUUGCCAACUAGAACGAUGCCACAAUUCGAAAUCAACUUAGGUGCUUGA